UUACGUUAACGUUAUAUAUAAAGGUUGUCCUUACUUUUUGCCAUUAUGUACUUAAAAUUAAACCAAGUUAGUGCUUGAAGUAUUAUAUAUCAUAUUAAAAAUGACAUCCCUGAGAUUGUUUCUUUUGAUUUUAACAGUGGUUCUUUUGUUUGAGUCAUUCAGUGCUCAUUGGAUAGGUGGUUUUGGCCGCCUUGGCGGAUUUGGAUUUGGUCGAGGAUUCUAUGGAAGAGGAUUUUAUGGACGAGGUUUCUAUGGCCGUCCGUUUUUGGGACCCGUAAUACGACCACCAUUCAUCUACCCACCACCGCUUAUAUAUCCACCACCACCAUUUUACGGUUAACGAAUGAUAUACUAGGCUUUAAAAUAUUUUUAAUUUGUUGAACAUAGAAUUAAUAAGAAACACAACUCACUCAAGAAAUUGAUUUAACUGAAGCAUUUCCGAACUAAUUCGACUUAGGGGCCUUCAAGAAUAGAGCGUACCAAAUCUUAAAAAGCCGGCUACGCACUUGGGAGCCCCAAGCAAAGUAUCCAUAGGCGGUAUUAUCACGUAUCUGAUAUUUUACUGGGCCUCCUGCCCGUUUUUUUUUAAACCGAAAUUGUAUUGAAUUCCUUAUUCUUGUUACUUUAAUAAAAUGUUAUAAAUAUUA